CUAUAUAAGCAGAGUCGCGCCUGGAAGCGAGCGUCAGGUAACCAAGGUGAACAGAAGCGCUCCGGACUCACAGACGCCCAGCUGCAGUUAUGGCUCCGAGACCAAAAGAGGAGACUGAUUCGUCCUCAGCCAUGAGUGACAAAUCUAAUCGUAAAGAGAAAGAUAUGCCACCACCUUACUCCAGUGUGGAGAUGGAGAAGGAGAAGUCUACUGAAGACGAUCCCUGGGAUCUACCAGAACUGAAAGACACAGGGAUCAAGUGGUCAGACCUGGAUACACGAGGGAAGAUAAUGAGAGUGCUGACUGCAAUUGUGAAGCUUAUUCUGCUACUUGGAUUACUCUACCUGUUUAUUUGCUCACUGGAUGUUCUCAGCUCUGCUUUUCAGCUGGUUGGAGGCAAAGCUGCUGGUGACAUCUUCCAGGACAGUGCUGUGUUAUCAAACCCUGUGGCUGGGCUUGUGAUCGGGGUCUUAGUCACAGUGCUGGUGCAAAGCUCCAGCACCUCCUCUUCUAUUGUGGUCAGCAUGGUAUCUUCUGGAUUGUUGACCGUCCAAUACGCAAUACCAAUCAUCAUGGGUGCCAACAUUGGAACAUCAGUCACCAACACCAUAGUAGCUGUGAUGCAAGCCGGAGAUAGAAAUGAGUUCCGCAGAGCUUUCGCUGGUGCAACUGUCCACGACUUCUUCAACUGGUUGUCUGUGCUGAUUCUUCUGCCUUUGGAGGCAGCAUCCGGUGCACUCUUCAAACUCACCAAUAUUACAAUCAAUUCCUUUGAUAUCAAGUCUGGGGAGGAUGCCCCUGAACUGCUCAAGGUCAUCACAGAACCCCUCACCAGCUCUAUCAUCAAGCUGGACAAGUCAGUCAUCACUGGAAUUGCAACCAAUGACCCCGAAGCUAAGAACAAAAGUUUGGUUAAAAGAUGGUGCAAGACAAACACAACAACGACUUACUGGAAUACCACAGUGGAGAGUUGCCCUGAAGAUAAUUUCUGUUGGGAGGAUGGAAACCAGACCUGGACUGAGAUGGUGUCUACAGUGACUCAAAACAUUGCGAAAUGCAAACACAUUUUUGUGAACGUUGACUUGCCAGACUACGCCAUCGGCCUCAUUCUCCUGGUUCUGUCUCUGCUUGUCCUCUGCACCUGUCUAAUCCUCAUUGUCAAGCUGCUCAACUCUAUGCUCAAAGGACAGGUUGCUUUGGUCAUCAAGAAAGUGCUUAAUACAGACUUUCCCUUCCCCUUCAGUUGGGUCACUGGCUACAUUGCAAUUCUUGUGGGAGCCGGGAUGACUUUCAUUGUUCAGAGUAGCUCUGUAUUCACAUCAGCUAUAACGCCACUUGUUGGUAUUGGUGUUAUUUCCCUUGAAAGAGCUUACCCCCUGACGCUAGGAUCAAACAUCGGCACAACAACAACUGCUAUACUGGCAGCUAUGGCAAGCCCUGGAGAAACCUUAGCAGACUCCUUGCAGAUUGCACUUUGUCACUUCUUCUUCAACAUCAUGGGUAUCAUCCUGUGGUAUCCAAUCCCCUUUAUGCGAAUACCCAUCAGAUUGGCCAGAGGGCUGGGGAAUGUGACAGCCAACUACCGCUGGUUUGCAGCUCUCUACCUAAUCUUGUGCUUCCUGAUACUGCCUCUGUCCGUGUUUGGUCUAUCAAUAGCUGGUUGGAAGGUCUUGGUUGGUGUCGCUGUUCCUAUCGCUGGUAUUUUUGUCAUCGUAGUCAUCAUCAACCUGGUGCAGUCACGAAAACCUCGCUUCCUCCCCAAAUUCCUCCGCAAUUGGGACUUUUUGCCACUGCCCCUUCACUCCAUGGAACCAUGGGACAAAAUUAUCUCGUCUUCCAUGCUUUUCUGUGGUAGACACUGCUGCUGUUGCUGCAAAUGUAGCAAUUGCUGCAGCAAAGAUGAAGAAGCUGAAAAGAUCUCAAGGACCAGCAGCAGGAGCCUGGAGAUGUAUGAUAACCCUGCCAUGUCUUAUGAUGAGGAUAAAGAGAAUAAAGACACAAAGUUUUAAUGGAUGGAUGGAUGGAUGGAUGGAUGGAUGGAUGGAUGGAUGGAUGGAUGGAUGGAUGGAUGGAUGGAUGGAUGGAUGGAUGGAAUUUUUAAGCAGGUGCAAUAUAAAUGCAACACCAUUUUUUUUGACACGCUUGUAAUUACUCACUCCUCAGGUUGUGGUGUUGAUUAUCUGAUGAUAAAUUGUAAAAUACACUACCUGUCACGACGGAGAGGGUUAUGUCUGCCACAUGACAAUUGUCCUAUGUGGCCUGUGAUGUUUAUUGAAUGAUGCUUUAAAUUUAAUGUACGUACUUUCUCCUAAAAGUUCCUAUAUGGGUGUGUUUUAAUACAUUUUUUUAAAUUUAUAAUUAAAUAUGAAAGGUUUUAUUCUGAUCUGAACAGUUCAACUUUCAGUGUUUAAUGUAGCAUUGAAAUGUUAUAUUUGCAUAUGUUAUC